AUGGACUCCGAAGCAAUGGACGCCUCUGCCCAACACAAUGGCACCAUCGCCUCAAACUUCUCCUCCAACAGAACCGAAAUGUCCAGACUUAUUACCGAUUAUCUCGACUACAAAGGGUAUGAGAGUUUCGUCGCCAGCAUUGAAGACAGCCUCAAUACUAGCUGUGACUUUAUACAGUUCUCAAACGUCUCCGCAAAGGACUUUGAAUUUUUGGCAUCCGACAAGAACCGAACGUUGAAGUCUGCAAGAUUCAGUUACAACUUCGUGACCGAGUGCCUUACCAUCAAAAUGCCGCAAUGGGACCACAAGGAAUUAGCUGGCUUAUUUCGAGCCAUGAUUGAUGAGCAACUUUUUUCAAUGCUUGUCUCCGGAGAGUUCAUCUCACUUUCAUCACCUUUGACCGUGCUGGGCAGUUGGGCCAAGGAGCCCGACGCAGCAUGGUCACCGGAGUCGACAGGAAACCUUACGGUCGUGCUUGAAGUAGGCGAUUCAGAGUCGGCACAACAGUUAGCGAUUAAUGCGCGAGGAUGGCUGGAAUCCCCUGGCACAACCGCUGAGACAUGCAUAACGAUUGAUCUUAGCGAAGAGAAUAACCUCACUAUUGACGUUUGGAGGCUGGACAGAAGGGUCUAUGCGGUUUCCACUAGAAGACUCCCGUCCCCCGCCGUUCGGGUGCAACACGUUAAGAUCCUCAAUGGAGAUGCGGGGCCCCAGAUAGAUGGUUGGAAGAUGGAUGAAAACAUGGGUGAGAUCCCUACGGACGAAAUCCAGUUGGAUUUCGCGAUGUUUGUUGGGCGCCGCGCCACCACCAGCAUCGAGCAAGACAUCGUCAUAAGCAGGGAUCUUCUAAUGGCAUUCGCCAACAGAUUCUGGCGUCGUCAAGGCCGGAGAUCAGCCAGAAGCUAG